AGGCCAGUUUGGGUGAAGCUUGGCUUUGGUCCCUUUGGGGGUUGCUGGUUCCAGGGGUCACUGUAUUUAGCCCUUUCCUUGCGAAGGCUUGAGGACCAGGCCAUUCUGCCAGGGUUUUUUGCAGGGUUCCCUAAGGGACACAUUGGUGGCGGGGGCGUGGCAGCCGGACCUUUUCCUUGCUGACGCGACGGUGCGGGGGAUUACAGAUCCUCGCAGCCAGCCGGGCUGGCCCUCGGAAGGAGCCUUAAACGGCCGAGCUCAUCCUGCCCGGUGCCGCUUCACCGUGCCUUGGUAGCUCCGUUCUCGGAGGUACACGGUCUGGUCAAAUGUUGCCAUUCUGUCCUGAGACUUAGCGUCUGUGUGGGUCCGGCAGCUUAUUAGAAGUUCCACAGGGUCCAGAAUACCGCACGGGUGGCCCCGGGGGCCUACUUGUCGCACGCUCGCGGUCUGCCAGCUUCCCUCCUCCACCUGGAUGUCGACGCGGGACUGGGUGGGAUAGAUGCUCCUAUUAGCUCCGUUCCAAGAUGAAAAUUUAACAAGUGUUUCCUCGGUAAUGCAUGAGAGGCGAAGGAUUCGAAAGAUGCCAUGGCUAGUCCAGGGAAGGAUAACUAUAGAAUGAAAAGUUAUAAGAACAAAGCCCUAAACCCCCAAGAGAUGCGCAGACGAAGAGAAGAAGAAGGAAUACAGCUUCGAAAACAAAAAAGGGAAGAACAGCUGUUCAAACGCAGAAAUGUCUCUUUGCCCAGAAAUGAUGAAUCUAUGCUAGAAAGUCCAAUCCAGGAUCCAGAUAUCAGUUCCACUGUACCUAUUCCAGAGGAAGAAGUUAUCACCACAGAUAUGGUUCAGAUGAUUUUUUCUAAUAACGCUGAUCAACAGCUUACAGCAACACAGAAAUUUAGAAAGCUGCUUUCUAAAGAACCUAAUCCACCAAUUGAUCAGGUUAUACAGAAACCAGGAGUUGUACAGAGAUUUGUGAAAUUUCUUGAAAGAAAUGAAAAUUGUACUUUACAAUUUGAAGCUGCAUGGGCAUUAACUAAUAUAGCAUCUGGAACUUUUCUGCAUACCAAGGUAGUGAUUGAAACUGGAGCUGUUCCAAUUUUUAUCAAACUUCUUAAUUCAGAACAUGAAGAUGUGCAAGAACAGGCUGUUUGGGCACUUGGCAAUAUUGCUGGUGACAAUGCUGAAUGCAGAGAUUUUGUUUUGAAUUGUGAAAUACUUCCACCUCUUUUAGAGUUGUUAACAAAUUCAAACAGACUAACAACAACCAGAAAUGCUGUAUGGGCCCUCUCAAAUUUAUGUAGAGGGAAAAACCCUCCUCCAAACUUUAGUAAGGUUUCACCUUGCUUAAAUGUCUUGUCACGAUUAUUGUUUAGCAGUGACCCAGAUGUAUUAGCAGAUGUGUGCUGGGCCCUUUCUUAUCUCUCUGAUGGACCCAAUGAUAAAAUUCAAGCAGUCAUUGAUUCUGGAGUCUGUCGAAGAUUGGUGGAACUUUUGAUGCACAAUGAUUAUAAAGUUGUAUCACCUGCAUUAAGAGCAGUUGGUAAUAUUGUGACUGGUGAUGAUAUUCAAACACAGGUAAUUUUGAAUUGCUCUGCAUUACCGUGUCUCUUACACUUGUUGAGUAGCCCAAAGGAAUCAAUCAGAAAAGAAGCCUGCUGGACUGUUUCUAAUAUCACUGCUGGAAAUAGAGCUCAGAUUCAGGCUGUUAUAGAUGCAAAUAUUUUUCCUGUUUUGAUUGAGAUUCUUCAGAAAGCAGAGUUUCGCACCAGAAAAGAAGCAGCUUGGGCUAUAACUAAUGCAACAUCAGGAGGCACUCCAGAACAAGUAAGGUAUUUGGUAGCCUUAGGUUGCAUUAAACCCCUUUGUGACCUAUUGACUGUUAUGGAUUCUAAAAUAGUCCAAGUGGCUUUAAAUGGACUUGAAAAUAUUCUACGUCUUGGAGAACAAGAAUCUAAGCAAAAUGGAAUAGGCAUUAAUCCAUACUGUGCUCUCAUUGAAGAAGCAUAUGGUCUGGAUAAAAUUGAAUUUCUGCAAAGCCAUGAAAAUCAGGAAAUUUACCAAAAGGCUUUUGAUCUGAUUGAACAUUACUUUGGUGUAGAAGAAGAUGAUCCCAGCAUUGUACCUCAGGUGGAUGAAAAUCAACAACAGUUCGUGUUUCAGCAGCAGGAAGCACCAAUGGAAGGGUUUCAACUUUAACUUGGUGGGGGAAAAAUUAAUGGCUAAAAAGGGUAGUUUCAGAUAUCUCUUCAUUGUUACAGUGUCAGUAGGAAUGUUUGGUGUGUUUUUACUUAGAACAGAAAAGAAAAAGUUGAUGCACUUUUGAAAAGCAAAACAAAAGUUUCCAUUCGGAUGCAAUCUUUUGUUAUAGUUUUGUUUUUAUUUUGGUGUACCUGUAUUUGUGUUUCUGUUGUUUUAUCUAUUUUUUGUAUCUACUUGUGAACAAUUAAAUACAUAUAAAAUUAUUUAAUAACUUAAGCUUGAAAAGGAGAACUUUGGUAAAGUAUUACAUAAUGGUUCUGAAUUUUUUCUAGCAUCUUGGAAACUGCGCAUUAGCAGUUUUGCGUUAGCAGAAUUGCAUUCUGGCAGUAAGUCUGACAUGCCCAAUCUAUUAAAUCUACCUCUAUCUUGAAGCAAAAACAAAAAAGCUUCAGAAGCAUGAAAUAGUGUAAAAGCUAAAUUAGAAUGUGAAAAUAUCUGUUACCUUAAAUUAUAAAUCACUGUGCUGUAGGUUAUACUUUGCAAAAAAAAAAAAAAAAGUUACAACAAAAACCUGUAAAAUUUAUUUAUAAAACAUAGAAGUAUUGUACUGAUAAUCAAUUAAAAUGUGGCAAUUGUGAAGAGAAAAGCUGUUCUUCAUGUUGAACACAUUAAAAUGAUUACACAACAUUUAAAUAUUUGUUUUUAACAUACAAAUGCUAUUAAUAUUAUUAUAUUUUGUAUUUUGACCAAAUAUGCUACCAUUUUCGAAAUAGUGUUUUAUUAUUUUUUCACUCUUCAUUUUAAAAAGCAUCAUGAUAGAGAUGCCAUCAUGAAUCUAAAGUAGUGCUGCAUAGCAAAAAUAAUACUGUAAUUCUUUCUCUGAUUUUUCAGAGCAGUAAUUGAAAAGUUUCACUUUCUGUGUAAUAAUAAACUUGGGUACUUGAAUGGCAAAAUUAUCCUGAAGAAAUCACCUUGUUAUGUGUUAAAUUUUAUUACAUGCACUUAAUGUUUGGACACUAAAGGAUGACACUAGUGAAAAUUGCUAAGGAUUCUUUAAUAUAGUUGAAAUCUGUAUUAGGGAUUUUUUUUUCAUAAUACAGAGAGGGUCAUACCGCUGCUUGUUGUAAAUCAGUGUAUUAGAUUACAUUUGUAGCAGAUCGGUCAGUAUAAUGUAUCUGUUUUACCUAUUAACAGCAAAAACCUCUUCAAACUGUGAAGCUUUUAAAAAAAAAGUUUCAAAGGGAAAAUUCUAUUUAUAGAUACAUAUGUAUAGGGUGUCUGUGUGUUGUUCUCACAGUGCUGUACUUGUUAGAGCUUUCUAAGCAGAUAUGGUACUGUUGAACUGCAGUCUUUUCAUUUAUGGUUAUAUGCAGGCUAUUUACAUUUCCAAUUAUAUACCUAAAAUACUUAUUUAAAAAUUAGUAUACAACUGUCUUAAGAUGGGAACUAAAGCAUUUUUGAUAUGAUCCAUAGUCUAUUCUGUAAAGAAAGAUUUCAUUUAUGAUAGCGUUUAUAAUGUUUCUGCUGGAAAUCAGAGGCAUGUUACAAGAAGAAAAUGUAUAUAGGAGUACUUUUAAAACUUAGUAUGACACUUUGUAAAUUAUGUAUCAUGAAACCGUGCUUUUGGCAAGACACUUAAAACCUACAGAUAUAAAAUACAGGUUUAAAUGGUGUCCAUAAUGCUGACUGUAUCUGCCAAACCUCUUUUAUAUAUUAAGUAGAGGAUUGUAUCUGUGCCCUUUUUAUUGUGGUGGAAGUUAUAAAGUUGAGUAAAAAAAGGUUUUUGUUGUUGUUGUUGUGUUAUGUGUAUUCAAAAGAACAGGGUAGUUAUAUCAAAGAUUACCAAAUUGAUGGUGAAUUUAUGAGGUAAACUCUUUGUGGUACAGAUGGUUCUAAGUAUCAGGUGACAGGGUAUUCCACUCUUUGUAAUCAACCGAACUUAAUAAUGCAGUAUAAUUCAUAAACUAACCAGCUGUGCCUGCUUUUAUUUUGAGGACCCUGUAGUCAUAUUAAUGAAUAUCAGAGUCAAGUCUUUCAAACAAAGUAGUUCUUAUGAAAGGAAACAUAAUAUAUGUGUGUGUACACACCCUCACACAUAAGAUGAUUUUUGAGGGGGCAAUUUUUGAAUUUUGCCAGUGAAACCUUAUAUCUCUAAAUACAGAAUAUGACCAUAUUAUAAGCAUCUAAAUAUAAAAUUAUAUUUAGAUCUGUUACUUGGAUAACUAAUUUGAUUAGAUUUGAAUGCAAGGAGUAGUAUCUAAUAGUUGGGACCAACUAUUGACAUGGUGAUGACUUUAUUGAACCAAGACUAGCAAAUACUUUAUUAUUAGAAUUUUUUAAUAUAUGUCAACUCCUUUCAAAUAUAAUUUUUAAAAUGCUUCAAAAUAUAUUUUCAUUAUUAUUCACUGACCUUUAUGGAAAAAAAAAAAUUGACUUUCUUUCCUAAUAAGACUUCUUAUAUUUAAAUCCAAGAGAAACUGUGCCAAAAAAAAAAAAAAAAAAAAAAUUAAAACAUGUUAUAAAGGGGAAUGCAUACAACAUUAAUGCAAAAAAACAAGAAAAUACUUGAAAGAGCCUUUAACAUUGAUUUAAUUAAAUUCAUUGUUUCAUUUUGUCUGAAUUUGAAUUUUUACUAGUUAAUCUAUGCAAUUAUGCUUACUUGUUUUAUAUUUGUAAGUAUUUGACUCACUAGCCUGGUGUUUUUAAACAAGUUUUAUUUUGAAAGGUGUUCCUAGAACUUAAUUUUUAAUGUCCAUUUUGUUCACUUACUGGUAGCACCGGAACAAAAAGCUGAAAAAACAAAAACAAAAAAAUCUGCUGGCACAGAAAUAAUAUCAUUUGGUAACUGUAAAACUUACUUGCAAGAUAAAGGUUGAUUUGUUGAAUAAAAGACUAAAAGAAACAUUACCUUUGCCUUCAUAUUUUUUCUUAAGAAGGAGCAUUAUGGAAAAGGUAACUACUACAAAGUCUAGUGAGUUUUUGUUGCUGUUCUGAAUUCGGCAAUUUCCUGGCUGCUUGUGAAACUGAAAUCAAAGUAAUUGUUAACCUUUACUCUUUUAGUUCAUAGCAUUACUGUUUUAUGAAAUGUGACAUAUUAGGAGACAAUGUGCUAGGGCUCUAAAAGGAUAAUGUGUCUUUAAAUUCUGACUGGGGUGUGGGAUGAAGGGAGGAUAUUCUUGUCUAACUAAAUAAACCAACAUUUGAGCAGUAUGCAAUAUUAUGAAAUGUUACAGCACUAUAUUAAAAAUAAUAAAAUACUAUUUUACAAUUGCA